CAUUAACAAUUUUAUCAUCAACCGACACGUUUGUGGUUCUUCGAACCGGAAUAUUUUCGACUUUGGUGCGAAAAUUGUUAUUUUAGUAUCAGAUUUGCUAUAGUGUUUGUGUCUUUUAAAAAAAAAAAUAAUUAUGGCUGGUUUUAAAGUUGUUAUGGUCAAAACAACAGAGACUUUUAAAGCGACGAUGCUGUCCGACAUGACAGAGAUGCCAACAGUCGAACUGGGAAAUUACACCCUUCAAAUCGAACUGGAUGAAUUGAAACCGGAAGUCAAAGAAAUCGCCAGAAAAGAACUCCGAGAAACGCCAGAUGUCGCUAGAGAAGCUGUCAAAGAACUCAGAGAACUUCUUAAAGAAGAAACAGACUUAAACAUUCCCUUAGAAAACGACUUAUGGCUGACAAGAUUUCUCAGACCAACAAAAUUCUAUCCGGAAAGUGCUAGAGACUUGAUCAAAAGAUAUUACGCCUUCAAAAAGAAGCACAACAACAUGUACGAAAACCUAUCUCCAAGUUCAGAAAGGAACAUUUUCCAACAAAACAUCCUCACAGUACAACCCAACCGAGACCAAUUCGGUCGUAGAAUUUUAAUAAUUGAACUAGGAAAAAAAUGGAAAACAGACAAAGUUUCUUUAGACGAAGUCUUUAAGGGUUGCGUUUUGUUUUUGGAAGCAGCCAUGUUGGAACCGGAAACCCAAGUUUGCGGUGCCGUUGUAAUUUUCGACAUGGAUGGUCUGUCGUUGGGCCAAACUACUAAAUUUACGCCCAGCUUCGCUGGGAGAAUUGUCGAUUGGUUACAGGACAGUGUACCGUUGAGAAUCAAAAACAUCCACAUCGUGAACCAGCCGUACAUUUUCAAAAUGGUCUUUGCCCUUUUCAAACCCUUUUUGAGGGAAAAAUUGCGUAACAGGAUCAUUUUUCACGGUACCGACCGCAAAUCUUUGCACCAGCAUAUGGACCCUGCCUGCCUUCCUGAGUGUUACGGUGGUACUUUGGAUUUGCCUAGGAUCGAAGGACCUCAAUGGCUGGAACUAUUGGAAAAGUGCGAUCCUGAAUUCAAAGCCAUCAAUUCCUACGGGUACCCGAAGAAAGUUUCAAAAUAACUAGAUUUUUAAGUACUAAAUUAUGUUUUAUACUACUUUAUGUUGAGGGUACAAGUUUUUUUUGUAAUUAUUAAUUUAUUAUCGCAAUUGUUUUUAUAUAAGAACACCCAUCUUUUGUUUGUUUAAAAAUAAUAUUUUUUAUUGAAAAGAAAAAUUAUUUAAUUUUAAUUCA